CAACAUACUGAAAACAUGAAGGCGUUCAUUGCCGUUCUCCUAGCUGUUCUGUGCUUUGAAGGACUGAAAGCACAGUGUCCUGAACCAAAUGCCCUACAAGACGAUAAUGGGAACAAGCUCUGCGCCCGCAUGUUUGAACACAGCAGCUUUUACAAUGAAGAAAGCUGUAAAGGCCAGUACAUAGAUGUUUAUCCUAACGAUGACUAUCCCAUUAUGACAUGGACUUGGAACGACCGCAUCUCAUCUCUCGUGGUGAGCAAGUUCUGCAGUCUGACAGUGUGGUCCAAUUCUAAGAAGGAAGGCUACAAAAAGAAGUUUUCUGCUGGCAUUGUGUACCACCUUAAGGACGUGCAGAAGGGGCUGUUUGGAAACUGGAACGACUCCAUCUCAGGAUACUACUGCACAUGUUAGACAUGCUAGACUGAAACAACGCCAAAGAAAGAAACUCAAAAGACAUUAACACACAUUAUGAUGUUAAUGAGACAUAUGCUGUAGACCCUGGUGAAUGUAUGUUUUCAAAUGUUCAAUUAAAACUUCUCAAUAAACAA